CACCACCUUCAUUGAAAUUAAAAUUAAAAUCUCCCCCAUUUUCAAUCGAAAUUUCUCUUCUCUGCACAAAUUUAGGGCACCAAAUUUCUCUCAGUCACCAUGAAUAUCUUCAGAUUCCUCGGCGACAUGACUCAUUUAAUCAGUAUUCUCAUUCUCCUCCUCAAAAUCUACGCCACCAAAACUUGCUCCGGGGUUUCAUUGAAGACUCAAGAACUAUAUGCGAUUGUGUUUGUGGCGAGAUACCUGGAUCUGUUCACGGAUUUCGUGUCGGUGUAUAAUUAUGUUAUGAAAUUGGUGUUCAUCGCCAGCUCUCUUGCUAUUGUUUGGUGCAUGAGACGUCACCGUAUUGUUCGACGAACUUACGAUAAGGAGCUUGAUACGUUUCGGCAUUAUCUCCUUGUUGUUGCUAGCUUCGUCUUGGCUCUCGUUGUUCACGAGAAGUUCACAUUUCGUGAGAUCUUUUGGGCGUUUUCGAUAUACUUAGAGGCGGUGGCAAUUCUUCCCCAGUUGGUACUGCUCCAGCGAAGUGGGAAUGUGGAUAAUUUGACUGGGCAAUAUGUUUUCUUCCUUGGGGCGUAUCGUGCCUUCUACAUCCUUAACUGGAUCUACCGGUACAUAACAGAGACGCAUUUCAGUAGAUGGAUAUCUUGCGUCUCUGGUCUUGUCCAGACAGCUCUCUACGCGGAUUUCUUCUAUUACUACUUUAUAAGCUGGAAAAAUAAUGCAAAGCUUCAGCUGCCAGCGUGAGUCAGGCGCCAAUAUUUCUAAGUUUCAAAUGUGAUGUAAGCUUGUCAUCGUGUGCAUACUCGUCCAUUUAUUCUGGUUUAUAUUGAACGUGAUGAAGAGUCUUAUGUUACAAUACUUUUGAGCUGGGAUCAUUUCCAAUGUAUACGAAAGGUUGAUGAAGUCGAUGGUUCAUUUUGGAGUAUGCCGAUCUCAUAAGCACUUUUAGGUUAGAUCAAAUGGUUACGAGGUGCUAAUUUUAAUUGUGCCAGAAGCCUUCAUUUUACUUUGUACCUGUUAAGAACUAUAUUUGGGAAGUAAAAUUGUAGACUUCACUAACAACAUUAGGGUUAGACACAGUUGACAUUAGUAAUUUUUUGUUCCUGCAAAUUUGUUUCAAUAUGCCUCUUAAAUUGCAUUCUUA